GCCAAAGGGGGCAGCACGCUCAAAGCUCUCCUCGACAUUUCCAAAGCUCCCCUCCCAACUGUUCGAAACCAAAACUUCAUCAAACCACUUCGAUUUCAUCGAAACCCCAGACAACAGACACAAACCACAUUUAUAUACACAACUACUUCUUACAUUCUCAGACCCAAAACUUCUCUCCAUCCUAGCCACCCUCCUUUCUUUCUAACUGCGUUCUCUGUAUCACUUUGAGUUGUGUUAAAAAAAGAAAAAGUAAAAAGAUGGGAACGGCUGCAGCUCCUGGCACAUACAUUGCAACUAUUAAGCCUUGUAUUUCUUCUUCUCAUAAAAUGCAUGUCUCAAGCACGGUGAACAUCAGUACUGAGCAUAAAGAGGCAUUUUGGAGAAGGCUUGCAAGCUCCUCUCACAUCUCAUUAAGGCAGCCAUUCCUCCGGAGGAUCACUCCAGGACCUUUGAAAUUUGAAAAGUUUGUUACAAGAGCAAUUUCUGAGACAAAUGACAACAAGCCUUUGCCAGGACUGCCUAUUGAUUUGAGAGGUAAAAGGGCAUUUAUAGCUGGUGUGGCUGAUGACAAUGGAUAUGGUUGGGCAAUAGCAAAAUCUCUUGCUGCUGCUGGAGCUGAAAUUAUUGUUGGAACAUGGGUACCUGCACUCAACAUAUUUGAGAGCAGUCUAAGACGUGGGAAAUUUGAUGAAUCACGCGUAUUGCCAGAUGGUUCAUUAAUGGAGAUCACAAAAGUUUAUCCCAUGGAUGCUGUUUUUGACUGUCCUGAGGAUGUUCCUGAAGAUGUAAAAACUAAUAAACGCUAUGCUGGGUCUUCAAAUUGGACGGUUCAGGAGGUUGUUGAAUGUGUGAAAAAGGAUUUUGGCAGUAUUGACAUCCUUGUUCACUCACUUGCAAAUGGACCAGAGGUAAGCAAACCACUUUUAGAGACCUCAAGAAAUGGAUAUCUUGCUGCCCUCUCUGCAUCAAGUUACUCCUUUGUUUCUCUACUCAAAAACUUUCUUCCAAUAAUGAAUCCAGGAGGUGCUUCAAUUUCUCUAACAUACAUUGCUUCUGAAAGAAUAAUCCCUGGAUACGGUGGAGGCAUGAGUUCAGCAAAAGCUGCUUUGGAGAGUGAUACACGUGUGCUGGCUUUUGAAGCUGGAAGAAAACACAAAGUCAGAGUCAACACAAUAUCUGCAGGCCCUUUGAGGAGUCGAGCUGCUAAAGCAAUUGGAUUUAUUGAUAUGAUGAUUGAUUACUCGCUGGCUAAUGCACCCCUACAGAAAGAACUAUCAGCAGAGGAGGUGGGAAAUGCUGCCGCCUUCCUUGCAUCCCCGAUGUCUUCAGCCAUCACUGGAGCUGUUGUGUAUGUUGACAAUGGUCUAAAUGCAAUGGCAGUUGGAGUUGACAGUCCGGUAUUCGCGGACCUUGACAUUCCAAAAGAUAACUGAAGUAGAGAUUUAAGAUGAGGAAAUGUUCCGCGGAUGGUCGGGAGAUUUUUCGUUCAGCAGAAAUAAAUGUUCCUUGUGCCUAAUCAAUAUACUGAUAUCACAUUGUGGAUGAGAAAGAAAGCAUGUUUGGCGUCUCCCCUUUCAGUGAUAGGGUAGUUACAUCUUUAGUUCAAUUUCAGUUUUCUUUUCAACAUCAUAUGCAACGGGUUGAACUCUUCUCUCUAGUUUUUUCUUAAAGACAAGUGCUGAAAUUCCAUACCGCAUUGGAUUCUUAA